AUGACGCUCAUGGAGCUUCUUGAUACUAAGGUCCAAAUUAAUUUGCCUAGUCUUAUGCUUCAGCAUAUGCGUAGAAUCACACUUCAGGAGAAUAGAGGUCAUGGACUGGCAUAUGGGUUCUGGUUGAUUAAUAAGUUCCAGUCGAAGACGCUGUGCUCAAUUUGUUCAAUUCUAGGAAAUGAGCUGUCGGAACAUGUUAAGCAGCGGUGUGAAGAACAUAAGGAGUCAUCAAGUGCAGUUGUUGAACGAAUCAAAAUAGAAGAGAUCAUGAAGGGAAAAGGUUUUUCCAAGGGCUCAGUGGGGCCAAGAUCGGAACCAGCGGCCGAGCUUGCUGUACCGAUUCCUAAAUUUGAUACGGAAGGGUCAUCUCGGCUCAUUGCUGCUACCGGUGAUGCUUCAUCCAAGGAAAUUCCCCUGCAAAGUCCUAGAAGUUUCGGGCCAUCUUCGAAUAUUGAGGGCGAACAAAAAGCAGAGUCGGCCCCUGAUACCGAGGCUCCAAUGGAUACCAGCCCACUGCCCGGUGGUGACCCUGCUGCAGCAUCUGAGGCACCUGCUUCUACCGAGACCGCUGGGACUACUCCAACUUCUCCUACUCCUGUGCCGAGGUCUGAUAACCUCGAUGACAUAUUCUCGGAUACCCCUCCAGCAACUGGGGAAGCUGCUAGUUUCGGACAUCUCCCUAUCCCUUGGGCCACGAGGGCAGCUAGCUGGACUACCGAAACGAGUGCAAGGGAUAGUCUAGUAGGUGAUGCUUCAUCCAAGGAAAUUCCCCUGCAAAGUCCUAGAAGAUCCGGGCCAUCUUCGAAUAUUGAGGGCGAACAAAGAGCAGAGUCGGCCCCUGAUACCGAGGCUCCAAUGGAUACCAGCCCACUGCCCGAUGGUGACCCUGCUGCAGCAUCCGAGGCACCUGCUUCUACCGAGACCGCUGGGACUACUCCAACUUCUCCUACUCCUGUGCCGAGGUCUGAUAACCUCGAUGACAAAUUCUCGGAUACCCCUCCAGCAACUGGGGAAGCUGCCAGUUUCGGACAUCUCCCUAUCCCUCGGGCCACGAGGGCAGCUAGCUGGACUACUGAAACGAGUGCAAGGGAUAGUCUAAGUGUUGUGCUCGUCAAUGAGGUCUUUAUCCGUGCUCAGCACAAGGUUGACUACUUAAAGGGCCAGCUGGAUACUCAGGGUUGUGAAGCGGAGAAGUUCCAGCACCUUCUGCGAGAAAAAGAAGAUCAAUUGAGCCGGGCCGCUGCCCUUUCCAACCUUCAACCUGAGUUCGAAGCGGCGAAGGCCGAAAAUCUUCAUUUGAAGGUUGAGUUGGCCGGAAUGGUUGAAAAGAACCGGCUCCUAGAAGUGGAUAAGGCCGGACUUAGCCAAGACAAUCCCCGUUUUACUUCGAGGCUCGGGGUACUCGAGGCCACUAUCUCUGAACUUCGAAGUGAACUUGAUUCGGUCAAGGUCGAUGCUGUGAAGAUAGCAGAGAGGCAUCGGCUGCUUGAAUCCGAAAAUGCUAGAGACAAGGAGAAGUUGAGGGUGGUCGAACAGAAGGCCGAGAAUCGAGUCCGGAUUAGUGACGAGCUCAAGAGCAAGUCGAGGAGGCAGCCGAGGCCAAUGACGUGCUUCAAACCUAGCUUGAGUCGGCUAAAAAAAUUCAGUCAGUUCUUCUCGAAAAAUGAUCCAAACUAG